AUGAACAACUCAACCGAUUCAUCUGGAUUCUUUGGCUCAAACGACAUAAGUGGAUUUGGUUAUGGCAUAGGAAUUUCCAUUGGGAUUCUCUUACUCAUUACAACAAUCACACUCACUUCAUACUUUUGUACAAGAUCACAAGUUCCAAAUGCUCCUAGAAGAAGAAACAACAACAAUAACACCUCUGAAUUCCUAGAGCCACAACAUUCAAUAGUUGACUUGGGAUUAGAUGAAGAAACAAUCAUGAGUUACCCAAAGAUGUUAUAUUCUGAAGUGAAGCUUAGAAAAAACGAUUCAACAUCAACAUGUUGUUCUAUUUGUUUGGGUGAUUACAAAGGAAGUGACAUGCUUAAGGUUUUGCCAGAUUGUGAACAUUUGUUUCAUCUCAAGUGUAUAGAGCCUUGGUUAAGGUUGCAUCCUACUUGUCCUCUUUGUAGAACUUCACCAAUUCCAACACCUCUUUCAACACCUUUGGCUGAGGUUGUUCCAUUAGCAUCAAGGAGAGAUUCAUCAUAG